UUUCUUCCCCGUUAUCUUCUGCAACAAAUGUCCAGAGAUGACGAAACUUCAAGCGGUAUCUACAUGUGUAAUUAGGUCUGCGAAACCCAUAGAUAGAAACUCUCCUACCAAAAAUAUUCACUUAACUCCGUGGGAUCUCCAACUCCUCACAGUAGAUCCAAUCCAAAAAGGACUACUUUUCCGAAAACCAAAUCCACAGCAACAUAGAGAGUUAGCAACAUCAUCAGAAAUCAUCAAAUGCCUAAAAAUCUCACUCUCUGAUACUCUAAAUUUUUUUCCUCUCCUUGCUGGCCGAGUUGCUGCUUGUAAAAACGGUGACAACACCUUAUCUUUCUGUAUUAAUUGCAGCAAUGAAGGAGUUGAAUUCACUCAUGCCACUGCAUCAGGGUUGACUGUGGCUGAUAUCGUGCAGCCAACUUACGUGCCAAAGAUUGUCAAAUCUUUCUUUCCACUGAAUGGAGUUCGCAACUACGAAGGUGUUUCUAAACCUUUGUUGGCCGUGCAAGUCACUGAGCUAGUGGAUGGAUUCUUCAUUGGAUGCACUAUCAAUCAUUGUGUAGCCGAUGGGACUUCUUUCUGGCAUUUCUUCAAUUCUUGGUCCGAAAUAUCUCGAACUAGAAGUUCUAAUCUUACAGUGAAUAAACCGCCGGUCCUCGAACGUUGGUUUCCUAACUGUACUGCUUCCCCAAUUCAUGUCACUUCACCUAAAGAACAUCUGUACGAUGAAUUUGAUCCACCUCUGUUGGAAGAAAGAGUUUUCCAUUUUAGCAAGGAGAAAAUAGCUGAGCUCAAAGCCAAAGCCAACUCUGAGUUUGGAACUGACCAAAAGAUUUGUAUCUCUUCUUUACAAGCCGUUUUGGCUCAUCUAUGGCAAUCUGUUAUUCGUUGCCGUAGUGGUACAAACGCUGACGAAAAAUUUAGUUUCAAAAUACUUAUAGGUGCAAGGCCAAGGCUUCAGCCGCCUUUACCUGAAGGCUAUUUUGGAAAUGCAGUCCAUUUUGUGAACGUGACAACCACCGCCAGAGAGUUGCUAGAGAAUAAUUCGGGUUGGGCAGCUUUGCAAAUGAAUAAGGUUGUAGCCAUGCAAACCCACGAAGAAAUUAUGAACUUUUACCAAAGUUGGAUGAAAAAUCCAAAGAUAGUGAAAAAGAGUGAGGUGGUGACUAAUAGCUUGAUUGCUAGCAGCUCGCCGCGUUUCGACGUGUACGGCAAUGAUUUUGGAUGGGGGAGACCAAUUGCUGUGAGAAGUGGGGCUGGAAACAAACAUGAUGGGAAAAUAACAAUUUUUAGUGGUUUGGAAGAAGGAAAUAUUGACAUUGAAGCUUGUUUGACCCCUGAAACUCUGCAUGCUAUGGGAGAAGAUGCAAAAUUCAUGGGAGCUGUUACCGUUUGAAAUUUGUACACGACAAUAGUUGAGUGUACAAUUAAUUUAUGGAGAUUAAUAUUGCUUCACAAAAGCACGGGGAAUAAAUUCCAUAUAUGUAA